AAUAAGAAGCAUAACACUCCAACUCCGACCACAAGCUUUUGUCCCAUUAGCCGUCCAGCUCCUAUAAACUCCUCGUAAGUCAUAAUCCAUUAUUAGGAAAAUAUAUAAUUCGUUAAACAAAAUCUCAUUUAAGUACAAGUUAAGUCCUAUUCCAUUACUUAAUUAUCAAAAUUAAUCCCAAAAUCAAAAUCAAAUCAUUUUUCCUGAUUGACUGACUUUGUAGAGAGAGAGAGAGCUUCUUUGUAUUGGUGGUGGGUUUUUGGGCUAAUUAACCAAUCAGUUCGGUCUGAUUGUUUUGGUAGAGCAAGAGAGUAAUAUGAAGAGGUACAGAAAUAGCGAAAUCUGGGAUUUCGAGCAUCACGUGCCCCUGGCUUUAGGGGCCACAGACGUCAUUCUGGGCUUAGAUGGUGGCACUACUUCUACUGUCUGCAUUUGCAUGCCGGUCGUUCCCUUCUCCGACCCACUCCCUGACCACCCGCACGUGCUCGCACGCACCGUCGCCGGCUGCUCCAACCACAACAGCGUCGGUGAAGCUGCUGCUAGGGAGACGCUGGAGCAAGUUAUGGCGGAGGCGCUUUUGAAGUCGGGUUCAAACCGGUCUGCAGUUCGAGCUGUUUUUCUUGCUGUGUCUGGAGUUAACCAUCCAACUGAUCAGGAAAAAAUAUUAGACUGGCUGAGGGAUAUCUUUCCCAGCCACGUGAGGCUAUAUGUUCAGAAUGAUGCUGUAGCUGCUCUGGCAAGUGGAACUAUGGGAAAACUCCAUGGAUGUGUUUUAAUUGCCGGAACAGGAACCAUUGCUUAUGGAUUCACAGAAGAUGGUAGAGAAGCUAGGGCUGCGGGAGCUGGGCCUGUGUUAGGUGAUUGGGGAAGUGGAUAUGGAAUAGCUUCACAGGCAUUAACUGCAGUUAUUAAAGCCCAUGAUGGGCGUGGUUCACAUACAAUGCUUACAUCUAGUAUUUUACAAUCACUUGAUCUUUCUUCUCCAGAUGAACUAAUUGGGUGGACUUAUGAAGAUCCAUCUUGGGCCCGGAUUGCAGCACUUGUCCCAGUUGUUGUAUGUUGCGCUGAGGCUGGUGAUGAGGUUGCAAAUAGAAUUUUAUAUGAUUCUGUCGAGGAGUUGGCAUCAAGUGUGAAAGCUGUUGUUCAAAGACUUGACUUGAGUGGAGAAGAUGGUAAACACUCCUUUCCACUUGUGAUGGUUGGUGGUGUACUCGAAGCAAAUAAGAGGUGGGAUAUAGGAAAAGAAGUUGUGAAGUGCAUCAAUAAGAACUACCCUGGGGUCGUUGCAAUUAGGCCUAAGGUGGAGCCUGCAGUUGGUGCAGCUUGGUUAGCUUGGAAUUUUUUCAUGAAAGAAUCUUUGAGAGGAUGCUUGAAAAGCUGACCACAGAAGAUUUGUAGGUUCAUCAAUUGUAUAGUGGAAAAACAAACAACCAAGAAAAAGGGGAAGACGCAGUCAUUAUGAAUAUUUUAUCCAUCUAGUGUAUAUGUAUAUGCUCUACCUUAGUGUUUGGUAGGCAGAUUUUUUUGGAUGAUUUUUCAAUUACUGGGAACUGUAUAACAGUAUAUUAAAGGUGAAAGGUCGUUAUUUGCUGUCA